UCCUCUGUUUCGCCACGUCAGCCGAUCCCACACCAAAACGACGCCGUCUAUAUUCAAAACCGUACUAUGUGCGAUUCGCUUUUCCGAAUGUAACGCUCCCCUACUCUUUCCUUCCCUCGCACGCAAAACUCGCGCUCCCGACCAAAAAAUCCAAGCGCUACGCAGAGAGAGAUUCACACUUCACUUAAACUCUUUAGGGUUUCUGAAUUCGCGCUUGUCAUUCUCUGAUCGAUCAUCUGGAAACCUCCGCAGCCAUAAGUGUUUUAGUUACAUCACCAUGUUCAGUCAGCAAGGCAGUAAUCAUUUUGCGCGUAUGGAAACAAAGUUUGAAUCUUUGCUGCAGGAACUGCAGAAAAUAUGGGAUGAAGUUGGAGUGCCUGAUGUCGAAAGGGAUGCAAUGUUUCUAAAAAUCGAACAAGAGUGUAUGGAGGUAUCUAGGAGAAAAGUUGACGAGGCAAAAAAAUGUAAAGCUCAGCUUCUGCAAAAAAUUGCUAAUCACAAAGUAGAGCUUGUAGACAUAUGUGCUGCAUUGGGAGAGCAGCCACAACAACUUGAUCAAAGGGCCAGUGGAAGUUUGAAGAAAGAGCUUGAAACCAUUAUCCAACAACUAGAGGACAUGAAGAUGCGGAAAAUGGAAAGAAGGAAUGAAUUCUUUGUUGUCUUAGAUCAAUUACAGAAAAUUUCGAAUGCAAUAGGCAAAUGCAUGAAAGACAGUCUGUACAAAAAGGUAGUGGAAGAGACUGACUUGUCCUUGAAGAGACUUGAAGAAUUGCGUAGACGGCUGCUUGAAUAUCAAGAUGAGAAGAGAAACCGUUUGAAUCUGGUAAUGGACCACCUAAACAUAAUAAGCUCACUCAGCUUGGUUCUCGGUAUGGAUUUUAAGCAAACAAUUCAUGAAAUCCACCCCACUUUGAUUGAUUCUGAGGGAGCAAAGGACAUAAGCAACAAUACAAUUGAUAGCUUGGGUAACUCGAUACAAAGGUUGAGAAAGCUCAAGAAUCAGAGAUGGCAGAGGCUCCAAGAUCAUGCAAGUGCUCUGUUGGAACUGUGGAAUCUGAUGGAUACACCAAUAGAGGAACAAAAUAAAUUUCAGAAUGUAACUAGUCAUAUAACUGCUUUAGAAUCUGAAAUCACUGGGCCUAACAUGCUGUCUACAGACGUUCUAAAUCAUGUUGAGGCAGAAGUGUCAAGGUUGCAGCAGCUCAAAUCAAGUAAGCUAAAAGAGAUUAGUCAGAAAAAGAAGUUGGAACUGGAGGAGAUAUGCAAGCGGUCUCAUAUGGUUGCAGAAACAUUUAGUGCAAUGGAACACUCAAUUGAAGCAGCAGAGUCUGGAACUGCGGACACUGCAUGCCUGUUGGAACAGAUUGAUCUCCAAAUCACAAGGGCAAAAGAGGAAGCUUCAAGCAGGAAAGAAAUACUAGAAAAGGUUGAGAAGUGGUUGGCUGCGCGUCAAGAAGAAUGUUGGCUGGAGGAGUACAACAGGGAUGAAAACCGCUAUAAUGCAGGGAGAGGAGCCCAUCUUACAUUGAAACGUGCAGAGAAAGCUCGUGCUUUGGUAAACAAAAUUCCAGGGAUGUUGGAAGCAUUGACUUCAAAAGCCACAGCUUGGGAAAGAGAAAGAGGAACUGAAUUCUUGUAUGAUGGUGGCAAACUUCUUUCAAUGCUCAAUCAGUACAGCACCUUAAGGCAGGAGAAAGAGCAAGAAAAGCAGAGACAGAGAGGGCUGGUGCUAGUUGAGCAGGAAGCAUUUUAUGGGUCAAAACGUAGUCCAUCCAAGAGUGGAAAGAAGGCUUCCAAUAGAAAAAUGUCCCUAGGUGGAGCAUUAAUCCGAAGCCAAAAGUAUGAAAAAGUUACUCCGCCUUUACACCCUACAAAGAAGGGUGACUUUCUCCAUCGAAGUAGCUCUCGCCAGCAAUACAGUGAAGUGGAAGCUCCAUCCUUUGGAAGGAGAACCUCAGAGAUCUAUGGUCAUUCAGUGAAGAAGCGCCCAACGAGUGCUGCAAAGGCUCUUGAAAUGGAAUCCCCAUUGAUCCGGAAACCGCUCUCUCCUGUCUAUUCUGAAGUGUCAUCUAUGGCCAACAUUGCAAAUUACUUUGAAGGUCAGAAGAAACAACAGGAGACAAACAUCCAAGCAAGCCAUCUUUUUAGUGAAAAGCCAAUCAUGACUCCUUCCAAGCCGAAAAACGUGGGUGAUGAUGCAGAGAAUAGAACCCCAAAGACGAAGCCAAUUCCAGUACCUCCAACUCCUUCAACAAUAUCAGUUCAUAUGCUGACGGCCAUGACACCAGCCACACCUUUCACUUCUGGUGAUUACAAGAUUGAGAAAGCUGAUCAACGACUUGAGUACUCGUUCGAGGAGGUGAGAGCAAUUAGAUAUGAACUUUGUAGCAAGUGAAUCGACUAACACGUCUUGCCGAUAUAAUAAACUCUGUUGUCACUGUGUUUUGAAAGGCCGGGAAGGCUUCCUUUGAUGAAAUAUUCUGUUUCUUUCGAUAUUUUGAAAUUAAAACUGUGAUAUAUUUCUCAUAGAAAAAAAAAUUUAUAUAUGCAUGUUGUACGUUUGUGGUCAAA